AUGACCGAGUUUAACCUGGGCGUGACCUGCGACAUGCAUGUGCAUGUCAGAGAUGGUGGGAUGUGCGAGUUAGUAACCCCAACGAUUAGAGAGGGAGGUGUUUCUGUUGCAUACAUCAUGCCCAACCUACAACCUCCAGUCACUACUCUUCCCAGAGUCGUGGCGUACAAGCAGGAGCUUGAGAAACUCGCUCCACAAACAACUUUUUUGAUGAGUUUUUAUCUUUCCAAAGAUCUCAGUCCACAGCUCAUUCAUCAGGCAGCUUCUCAAAAUGCAAUUCAUGGUGUCAAAUGCUAUCCUGCUGGUGUAACUACCAAUUCAUCUGCUGGUGUUGAUCCUAAUGAUUUUAGUGACUUUUAUCCAAUUUUCCGGGCUAUGGAAGAGGAGAACUUAGUUCUAAAUCUCCACGGUGAAAGACCAUCUGUUGGCGAAGAAGGCAAUGACAUCCAUGUUUUGAAUGCAGAGGAGUCCUUUUUGCCUGCCUUGAAAAAGCUACACAAGGAUUUUCCUAAUUUGAAGAUCAUCUUAGAACACUGUACAACCGAGGCUGCUGUCAACACAAUUAAUGAAAUCAAUAAAGACGUUACCAAAUCAGAAGACAUUAAAGUAGCUGCAACUCUGACUGCUCACCAUCUUUAUUUGACUAUUGACGAUUGGGCGGGAAAUCCAAUCAAUUUUUGUAAGCCAGUUGCAAAGCUUCCCCGCGAUAAAAGAGCCCUUAUUGCCGCUGCUACAUCCGGAAAACCCUACUUCUUUUUUGGUUCUGAUUCCGCCCCACAUCCUCUUCAAAAUAAGUCGAGACACAUUGGUGUAUGCGCAGGGGUUUAUACGCAAUCUUUGGCGAUACCUUAUCUGGCCCAAAUUUUUGAAUCUCACAAUGCUCUCGGGAAGCUGAAAGGAUUUGUUUCUGACUUUGGUCUUUCUUUUUAUGGUAUUGACAAAACUGAGCUGAGAAAUAUGGAUGAGGCCAUCCUUUACAGCCGCAAGCAAGUUGUUCCCGACAGCAUCACUGAUGGGAAAGGCAUCGUGGUCGCGCCUUUUAUGCCUAAAGAAGAGUUGAACUGGUCUGUUAAAUGGAACGCCUCUAAGUAG